AUGGACCGCGAAGUUUCCCAUUACGUCGUGACGGCCCAUCCACCUGGUGGCGUCCUACAUACUGUCAAAUGUAAUUUCAUGUCUUCGGAUCGCGAAAAACAAGAUGUCGUGGUUGGAAAAUCAAGAAGAUUGGAAAUUCGUCAACUCAAGAUUGAAGAAGAAGAUGAAGAGGCCAUCAGUUCUCCCUUUCCUGUUAUUCUCAGCAUUCCCAUUAAUGGUCGGAUCACGUGCUUGGUCGCACUACCUUUGGCCAGUCAUCCUACUUCUUUAUUGUUUAUGACUACCGAUCAACAUCAAUAUGCAGUGAUUGGAUACAAUGCCAAUCUUCCAAAUUAUGUGGAAACUUUUGCGUCUGGCAAUCUAAAGGACGAAUGGAACGUCAUGGGGGAUUUGGCCGAUACAGGUCCACUUGUCGCCGUCGAUCCCCACAAUCGAUGCAUUGUCAUGCAUCUAUACGAUGGUCUAAUCACAAUCUUUCCCAUUUUGGCCGCAGUGGCACCCACCCAAAAAAAUGUGCUGGGACCUGUCUUUCAUGCACGAUUGGAGGAAAAAUUAGUCCUGCAGAUUGCCAUGCUGCAUCAUUUGGACGCAAGUAUGACUCCACCACACUUGUGCUUGUUGCAUCAAGAUGCCCGAGGCGCUCAGCAUAUUUCCACCCAUGUGGUGGAUUUGCCAAAAUCACAAUUGUGGAGCAUGACCUCCAUGGCGGGGAACCAGAGUAUGUUGGAAAUGCAUUUGGAGUGGUUGAAGAAACCAAGAAUUGAUGGUGGAAGCAGUCUUUUGAUUCCAGUACCGCCGGUAGCGGCAGUGGCUGCGGCACCGAGUGCUUCCACGACCAGUACAUCCUCAACGCAACAAGCAUCGGGGGGUGUGGUCAUUUUGGGACAACGACAAAUCACCUUUUGUGGUUUGAAUCACCACAAGGUCAUGCCCAUUCCUCCAGCUCUAAUUCUAAGUUGGGAUGCUCUACCACCCGAUGUUUCGGGUAUGCCCCGUUUCUUAUUGGGAGAUGAAUUCGGAAACUUGCACAUGUUGACGUUGAUUACGCAACACGCCAAAGUGGUGGCCCUCCAACUGGAUACUCUGGGAAGCUGUACACUUUCCAAUACACUGCAAUAUUUGGAUCAAGGACUUGUCUUUUGUGGAAGCACCUUGGGUGAUAGUCAGUUGGUCCAGAUCCACGAUGAACCUAUUCCAGUGGAGGAAGACGAUAUGGAUGAUGAUGCGGCCCUGGAAUUGGGAGAAACUACCUAUUUGAGUGUCGAAGAAGAAUAUACGCACUUGGGCCCCAUCGUGGAUUUUGACUUGGUGCCAAUGACUGGUUCCAACCGAACCGAAGGCGCACAAUCACAAGUGGUCACUGCUUCUGGCUCUUCCAAAUCUGGAAGUCUUCGAGUGGUUCAGAAUGGCACUGGCAUGAAGGAGUAUGCGGCUGUCGAACUUGGAGGAAUUCAAAAUAUGUGGAGCCUUCGUGAAAAGUUUGCAGAUACCCAAGAUGCCUAUUUGGUGCAAAGUUAUGUUGGCGAGACAAGAGUCUUGGGAGUUACCAGUGUUGGGGCGGAGGAUGAUGCUAUGAGCGAAGACGGAGGAAUGGAGGCCGAAGAAGAUGUUGGAGGCACUUUGGAAGAAGUAUUUUUGCCUGGACUUGAAUCCAGUGCUUCCACUUUAUUCGUCACCAACGUGGUUGGCAAUCUUUUCUUGCAAAUCACUGAAACACAACUGCGAUUGGUCAACGAAGGAGGGACAGUUUUGGAUACUAUGGAACCAGACAGUCAGAUCACAGUAGCCACUGCCAACGAAGGAGGCCAAGUUGCAGUUGCGUUGCGUGGUGGAAAGGUGCUAUACAUCGAAGUAAUCGAGCAAAAAUUCCACGAGAAAGCAUCCAAGAAGAUGGACCGAGAAGUCAGUUGCUUGGAUAUCAACCCGUUUUUGUCUGCCGAAAUGUGCAAUGCAUCGCUGUUGCAAAAGAGGGGCCAAAAGUCAUCGUUGGUUGCUGUUGGUCUGUGGGACGAUUUCACUGUUCGCCUGCUUUCUCUCCAGACAGCAGAACUAUCGGAAUUAUUGCUCAUCAACUUGUCAACGGGAGAGGAAGAUGAAGAAGGCGAGAAUGGAGGAGAAAAACAUCGAAGCAACCGAAAUAACAUGAUGGCCAGAUCCCUCUGCCUAGCCACCCUUGAUAUGUCAUCAUCAUCAAACAGUAGUGCCAAAUCGAAAAAGGUGCUACCAGGCGCUGAUAUGCUGUUUGUUGGCCUUGGUGACGGUACGCUAGUUUCCUUCACUGUUAUACAAGAGGGAAGCAUCUCGGUGCAAUCAAAGAAAGAGGUGAGCUUGGGAACCCAACGAAUCAACUUGGUUCCAUUGUUCAGCGAGAAGGGAGGAAGCUGCGUUUUAGCUACAGGAGACCGACCAACAGUCAUAUACCUUGCGGGAACCUCAAGUGGCAACUACAACUCCAAGCUGUGUUACAGCAAUGUCAAUAUCAGCCCUGCUGAUGAUGGCGACACAAAUGAUGUCAGCCGACCUGCUACACGCGAAUCAAUUUCUGUCAACUCCGCGACACCUUUCUUUAACCCACUUUUGUUUGAUGCCAUGGGACAAGAUCAUUAUUCACUGUGCAUAGCGGAUGAUGUCAAUAUGCGCUUGGGUGUUAUUGAUGAUAUUCAGAAACUUCAUGUCUCGACAUAUCGCCUUGGGAUGGCGCCGCGGCGAGUUGUUCACUGUCCUGAAGGCAGACUGUUUGCAGUUGGCUGUAUUGAAUCGGGCAUCAAACAAGGAAGUGCUGGCGGAAACGAAUUGGCCAUGGGAAAUUGUAUUCGUUUCCUUGAUGACACCUCAUUCGAAGAUGUUCAUCGGAUUGAUUUGGAUCCCUUUGAGAUGAUACUUUCAAUGGUCUCUGCAACACUCCGGCCAUACAAACCAACGCUGCCUGGAAAUGUGUCGGGCGAAACCGCGUCCAUUGAUGGUAUGGACGGUGAAGGAUCAAAAGUUGAGCACAGGCCCGUACUGAUAAUUGGUACAGCCUAUGCGAUGCAUGAUGAAGACGAGCCAACAAAGGGCCGAAUCAUUGUCCUAUCUUGCGGUCUGAAUGAGACUGAUGGUACAGAGGCGUCACGCUCGGUCAAGACAGUUACUGAACUUGAAGUUCGUGGUGGCGUUUAUUCCAUGUGUCAAUUCUACGAGGGGAUGCUUCUGGGUACUGUCAACUCCAAAACACAAGUAUUCCAACUUCAAGAUGAUGGAACUGGUGGUGUAAAUCUCGCAAAGAUUGGAGUCGAACACCAUGGCCACAUUCUAAGUUUGUUCGUCUCGAGUAAAGCAACCAAAUCAAAUGGACAUCAAGAAUCUUUUGAUGGGAAAGAAACAGCAAAGCUCGCACCGAAGAAAGAAAUGCUUGCUCUUGUUGGGGACCUUAUGCGCUCCAUUUCUCUUGUGCAGUACUACAGUGAGCACGAAACUCUUGAAGAAAUUGCGCGCGACUUUAAUGCCAACUGGACUACUGCUGUCACUAUGCUAACUGACGACAUUUAUCUGGGAGGAGAAAACUGGAACAAUCUAUUUGUACUGAAACGCAACGCGAAGGCUCAAAACGAAGAAGUCCGAUGUCGCCUUGACACUGUCGGCGAGUUCCAUCUAGGCGAAAUGUGCAACAAAUUCAUGAGCGGCAGCCUCGUCAUGCCCAGCAACUCCGGCACUGAAGCUUCCGCACGCUCCGGAUCCAGAAGAAGAAGCAGCAUCUUGGCCUCACCAAUGAAGAGAGGUAGCGUCAGCGGGAAGGUAGCAGGAUCUCAGGGAGCUUUGCGCACUCGUCGACCUGGUGUGGCGAUCGGAAGCCAAACCCUAUUUGGUACUGUCGAUGGUACUCUUGGAGUCAUUUUAGGUCUUGAUGGUCCAACCGCUGCUUUCUUUUCUUGCAUGCAGCGUUCCCUUCAAACAGCUGUGACCCCCGUUGGAAACUUCAAUCAUCAACAGUUCCGUGCCUUCAACGCUGAACAGCGUAUUCAUCCAAGUCAUGGUUUUGUCGAUGGAGACUUGAUUGAAUCCUUUUUGGAUCUGGACAAGAGUACUAUGCAGAAGGUUGUGGAUGAAAUGAACCGAGAUGGUGGGUGGGAAGUUGACGAAUCUUCAUUAGUUUCCAACGACAAGAACGACAGCGAUAUGAAGGAUGCCGAUCGAGUAGACCUAAUGUUGGAAGACGUCCUUGCUGUUGUGGAAGAGAUGACAAUGCUUCAUUAG